AUGAAAGCGGUGUGGUACUUGUUCUUUUGGGACGCGGGCAAUUUGGUUUUGGACACCUGUAAGGUUUUUGAAACCAGUGGAGCUAUAUAUAAUUGCAAUGAUACCAAAGUAGCUUUAAGCGUCAUCAAUGAAAGGGUCACAGAAGUGUUUGGGCCCUAUCAUUCAGCGGGAUGCGCGGCAGAGACGAAACGCCCGGUUGUAACAGUAGACCUGGCUGUGAUUGGGGUUUCAGAGGGAAACCCUCUGGAUGAUGAGGGACUGAUCUACUUGAAGGAACUUGUAGGGAUGAGCAUGGCUGUCAAACGUGGAGCGAAACCGCCAGACUCACAAUCAUUCUUGCGGUGUACUGGAGCUCACGUAGCUCCGCCUCAAAUGGGCCUGACCUAUGACCUACUUGACAAUGCGAAUGCCCAGCAUGAACCUAACAGCGUCGUAGUGGUAACGGUUGAAGAGAAGAGGAUUAUAACAAGGAAGGGUAGCGAGAAAGCGGAUGUAGCGAGCGCAAGAGCGUUUGGAGAUGUGAGGGCAAGUAGAGUGAGAAGGAGGGAAAAACCUACAGAGAGUUUCGAGGAUCUCAUGGCGGAUUUGGUUGAAGCGUUCUUUAAGAUCUAUGUGGUCGCUCUCGGAACCAGGUUAAAUAUUGAGGUAAAUGACUUGCCUGCCGAGCCAAUCCAACCUCUCUUGCACGCAUGCACAAAAAACAUGGUCGCGAGGCGGCUGCACCGCGCCAUCUUCCCAAGCACUGAAUUGUCGUUGAUGAAUCGUAUGAGCCAGCUGAGCCCAUCUUUGCGAGAGUCACAGAGAAACAGAGGAGAGUAG